GCAGCAGAAGAGGAUUCCCAAUUCCAAACCUACAACCUUCACAGAGGCCAUCCGUUCCUCUCUUGACCAUUAGACAUCAUGUCUGCCGCCUGGAAGCCUUCUAUGCCCUUCGUCCUUCGGCCUUCGUACCCGACUUACAAGUCGCCGUACGGCCCUAUCUACAAGGCCUCUCCUAACUUCCACGGCAUCGAUGCCCGCCAGGCCCUGAGAUUUGGUGGUACCAUUGCCGCCUUUACUGGUGUCGCUGGUGUCUUCUGCCUCUACUUCUUCUCUGAGGUUCCCCGUGUGCGCAAGGACAUUAUGCAGAAAAUCCCCGUGGUCGGCGACUUGUAUGUCAAGGAGAUUCCUGCCUCUGACAACCCUUUCUAAAGGAUUUUUUUCUUGCUUCUGCUGAAUGUAGCAUGGCGUGGUUGAUGCGAGCCUAGAACGUUAUAUCUGGGAGCUGUUUGUCGGGCCGCUACGAGACUCUAUAAGCAAAUAAUUGUGAAUAUAGACCAAUUUUGUACAACGCUACCUGUAUCACGAGCAAGAUCAAACUGGAGAAACUUU